GGCUGGUCCGAAUGAAUGAACAACAACAGAAAUUUUGUAGCUAACAUACAGGAAAUAACUGGAUUUGAAGUACGUGAUGAUGGAAUUGAAUUUGAGUACCAUCGUCUGUUUGAUGCUCGUUGUUGCUGCCUCUGGUCAAGUUGAAGAUUCGAACCAAAAUAAUGACUAUUAUCGAAGACACUAUCAGUGCCCUCAAGGAUGGGUUCAGAGAUGCAACCGAUGCUACUUAUAUGUCAACCAGCCAAUGCAAUGGCUGGGCGCCCAAUAUUACUGCAGAAGUCUUGGGGGUGAUUUGGUCACAAUUCGUGACUGGGCAACCAACUACUUCAUGUUCCGCAUCGUGAGGUAUUUCGAUCGGAGGCGACGAACAAUAUGGAUCGGUGCUAACGAUCGCAGAACCGAGGGUACAUUCGAAUGGUCUGAUGGAACUAGAGCUAACAAAUACAGUUUCCGGUGGUUUGCUCCGGGGGUGCCUGAUGAUGAAUCUCUGGGCCAAGACUGCGUCGAACUGCAAACGCGGGGCAGACACAGAUUCUUGUGGACUGACAAAUUCUGUGGUGACGAGCAAACCUUUAUCUGUCAGGUCAACGCUUGUUACAAAGGGCAAUUUCGAUGUGACAAUGGAAAGUGUAUUACAAAGUAUGCAGUGUGCGACCGUGCCAAUGAUUGUGGGGACCGCUCAGAUGAGAGAAAUUGCAAAAACUGUGGAGGGAAACUUGGGGGAACAAAUGGCUCUUUUAUGUCACCAGAGUACCCUACGUUUUACCCAUCUGAUUCAGACUGCACUUGGAAGAUCACGGUUCCUUUGAAGUCAAAAGUGGAGCUGUCAUUCAAAGAAAUUCACCUGGAGCCUGGGUUCGAUUAUGUUGAUGUUUACGAUGGGCCAACCUCAUCUUCAAAGAUCAUUGCUCGAUUGAUGGGUCUAGGCAAGGUGACGCCUUUGCUGUCAUCUGGUAACCAAAUGCUGGUCCGAUUUGUAUCUGAUGAGUCCAUCCAGAAUAAAGGGUUCUUGGCUGGCUACAGGGCAGUGAAUGAGAGCGCUUGUGGAGUAGCAUUGAAUGUUGGUAAAGGUCAAAUGCGGGAAAUCAUUUCACCAAAAUAUCCUUUACAUUAUCCAACAAAUUCCAAAUGCACUUGGACGAUUACUGGCGACCCUAACAGUGUACUGAGCCUCCGUUUUGUUGACUUUGAAACCGAACUUAUCAAUGAUGUGGUAGACAUAAGGGAUGGUGUUUUGAGCACAGAUAAAUUGAUCGCCAGAUUGUCAGGCGCACAGACUGGGCAAACAUUUAUUUCGACUGGAGCAGGGCUCACGAUGAAGUUCACGUCAGAUCGCGCCAAUGGUAGUAGAGGUUUUAAGGCAGUCGUGUACGGAGGUUGUAACAUCGAACUUAAUGCAACGAAAGGUGUAAUUUCCAGUCCAGGAUUUGGCUAUAAAAACUACCCAAAUAUGUUAGAUUGCACAUGGAAAAUCAACGAACCAAACGGAAGAAACAUCGGCUUACUGUUUCAUUUUUUCGACACUGAAUUGUACUUUGAUGUUUUGGAUGUGUUGAACGGCAACACCGGUGCCUCGAUUAAAAGAUAUUCUGGAGAACUUGCGAGGCUGGCUUCGGAGGCCUGGAUCCUAGAUACAGCUACGUCCAAAAUAGAUGUUACCUUCAAAUCAGAUUACAGUUACAGCAAAAAGGGAUUUCGAAUUUCUUUCUCCGUUGGAUGCCCCAAGUUAGUGGUUCCGGAGCACGGAUCCAUAAGCACAUUGCAAACAAACUCUGGAGUUCGGGUUACUUACAAAUGCAACAGUGGCUAUAGGCUUAAUGGCAGUGCAACAACAACUUGUGCCUUUGGUGCAAUGUGGAGUGGGAAAUCUCCAAAAUGCCUAGAAAUCAUUUGUGGCCCCCCCGGAAUCAUUGCAAAUGGCGUUUAUCAAAUCGAUGGCAGUUACAACUUCAAUAGCACAGCAAUAUACUCUUGUUUUGGGGGGUACCAGUUGAAUGGAAGUCGAGUUCGUCGUUGUCAAGAAAAUGGACUGUGGUCCGGAUCUUUGCCAAAUUGUAUAGACGUUGGUUGUGGAGACCCUGGGACACCUGCAAAUGGAGCAAGAAGCACGAGCAAUACUAAUGUCAGUGCAGUAAUGUCUUUUACUUGCGACUACGGAUACAACUUGCACGGGCCAAAAACCAUAAUUUGUGGGGCAGAGGGAAAGUGGUCCGGACCAAUUCCCACAUGCAAACCUGUCUUCUGUAUGGUCGUACCAGCACCAGUCAAUGGAAAAUACUUGCUAGGCCCAAACAGCACAGUUCCUGUUCGAAUAAAUUAUGGAGAAAUACUUAGCUUUACUUGCAAUAGAGGCUAUCGCAUAAGAGGCUCAGAGUCGAUCAUUUGCCAAGCUAAUGGAAAUUUCAACGACACUACUCCUCGAUGUUUUGACAUCAACGAAUGUAGCAAUGUACCUUGCAAAGGACCUGGAGCUAUCUGUACCAACACUGUUGGGUCGUACAUAUGUAGCUGUAGAGCAGGAUACCAGAAAGUUAAAGGACAGGAGGACACUUGUGAAGAUAUUGACGAUUGUGCAGUUAACAAUGGUGGAUGUGCCCACAACUGUACUAAUACAGCUGGGAGCUAUCACUGCAGUUGCUUGGAAGGAUACUAUUUGUAUGAUGGCAAGGAAGGUUUGGUUCCAGAAGCGACUGUCAACCGCACUUGUUUAGGUGUUAAUUGCCCAGCACCAGUACCUUUGCUGAAUGGGGUUAGAGCGUUUUCAUCCUUCCGAUAUCCAGCGCUUGUUAUUUCUCAAUGUAAUGCUGGAUAUUUACGAACUGGCCCAAAAGAGAUUCGGUGCUUGAAAUCAGGCAGCUGGAGUGGUGGCUAUGCUGCGUGCAAUGCGGUUAAUUGUGGAGAUCCUGGGUCAUCGGUGAAUGCUUUCACCAACGUCACAGAUGGAUGGAACUUUAUGUCAAAAAUCAAUUACGAAUGUUUGGAGGGACACAUCAGCGAGAAUGGAUCACUCCAAAGAGUGUGUCUAGCAAACGAGACUCAUGCCUUUUGGACAGGCUUGCCCCUUGUUUGCAAAAGAAUUUCAUGUGGAAGACAAUUGGAAAUCGCCAAUGGCAAACUGGUGUAUUUGAAUGGAACUUUUUUUGGAGAUAAAAUCGUGUAUGAAUGCCAACCCGGAUACAAUCUGACAGGAGGGAGUCAAAACAGAACAUGCUCCUCACGUGGUACCUGGUCAGGAACUGAACCAAAUUGCCAAGCACGACCGUGCCAAGAUCUUGGUGUUCCAAAAUACGGAAAAAGGAAAGGAAUUUCUGUCUUUGGAGAAACAGUCGUAUAUAGCUGUAUCUCUGGCUACUCUCUGUCUGGAGAUGUAAACCGCACGUGCAAUUUUGUAAGCGGCAAAGGACUGGUGUGGUCAAGCGUUUUACCUCAGUGCAAAGAAUCUCAGCCUCCCUCCUUUGGAAACACUUGCCCCAACAACACCGUGUUGGUUUUGCCUAAAGGAGAAGCAACCAUGUACUAUUCUUGGAAUGUGCCAACAGCAACAGACAACAGUGGAAUACCACCGAAUGUGACAGUAACGCCAAUUUUGAUGCCCCCUCUCCAGUUAGGACCUGGAGUUACUUCAAUCACCUAUCAUGCGGAAGAUGCAGAAGGAAACAUUGCCAAUUGCACUUUUGCAAUAACAGUUCUAGACAAAGAAGCACCAGUAACUGAAUGUCCAAAGAACGUGAUCAUAUCAAGCGACUUGCCGGUUAUCGCCUAUUGGGGAAGUGGGUAUGCCAAAGAUAAUACUCGUAUUGCAAGUAUCGUCUUCAACCCUCCAAACGGAACAACAUUCAUGUCUGACUCUCGAAAUCAAGUGACGAUGAAUGCUACAGAUCUUUAUGGCAAUCGAGCAUUAUGUAUCAUGGAAGUGACUGUGAGAGGAUGUGGCUGUCCGAACAACAGAACAUGCAAUAUUCAGCCGGACAAUGGUGUUGCGUCUUGUCAUGUCAAUUUGCCCCUAACAUCCUGCAAUAUUUCUUGCAAUACGAACUACACAAUAGCAGAUAAGACAGUGACGGCACCAACCUUACACUGUCCUGGCGGAAACUGGACUCAACCAUCACCCGGUUGUGCAUUGAAGAAGACUGUUGAUAUUUACCACAAGAUUGGAAUAGAUGUUAUAUUCGACAUUUCUAUAUUCGAGUCACCCUUUUACGAUAGUUUCUGGGAAAAAGGCCUAGCAUCGCUGCCCACAUACCUCUAUGGGUUGUCAUUAUGGCCAGAAUUUGCAGAUAUUCAGAUGUCAUGGCGGUUUACUGGUAGUAUACCAAAUAGAUACAAAAAUACAGAGACGUUCCAUUAUGUAUUUUAUGUCAGGUUUUCAUCAUCGGUUGCCAUACAAAAUAUGACCAAUGCGAGGCUACGUUCUUUUGCUGUCGCUCUUGAGGCCGAAAUAAAAAACCGUCAAUCAAAUGUAACUGCUGCAAUUAGUCCAAUUGGGUCGUAUUCCUGUCAAGGUGUUUCGGUAUCUUAUUCACUAAAACCACGCUGUAAUCGCACUAGAGAAACCUGUUGCCCACUCAACAGUGUUUUUGUCAAAACCUCAUAUCUGGCUUCGGAUUAUUGUUACGCCUGCACCCCUGGGAUGUAUUAUAAUUCAACAACGCAGAAUUGUCUUGGAUGCCCAGUUAACAUGUAUCAACGCUUUAGCAACAAAGCCAGCUGUGUUCAGUGUCCGUCCGGUUCAGGAACUCUAAGAACCAACUCAAAGAAGUGCCUAGAAUACUGUAAAGUUGGCACAUUUUCUAGCGAUGGCUUUGGUCCCGUUUGUCGCCCGUGUCCAGUUGGCGAGUACCAAUCGUCUGAAAAGUCGACCAAAUGUGUCAAAUGCCCGUCUGGCCAAUCAACAAAUUCAACUGGUGCAAAGUCAAUAGCGGAAUGUGUAGAUCCUUGCGCUGCGGGUAACUUCUCAAGGGAUGGAUACAGCCCUUGCACGCAAUGUCCCAUUGGCACUUACCAACCCAACACUGGCCGAGUGGUCUGUUAUCUCUGUCCCGGCGGAGGAGCAUUUGGCGGCAAAACAGGCGCAGCUUCAGUCUCAGAAUGUCCAGCCAACGAUUCUUGCUACGCUUCGCCCUGUCAGAACAACGGCACGUGCAUUCGUGGUGAAUUUGCUUACUCAUGUAAGUGUGCAGAUGGUUACACUGGCAAAGACUGCAAGAUCGAGGUCGAUGAAUGUGCUUCAGCGCCAUGUCAGAAUGGGGGCAACUGCACCGAUUUAGUGAACUCGUAUACCUGUACGUGCCCUCCUGGAUAUACAGGAUUGCGAUGCGAGAUUGACAUUAACGAAUGUGAAAGUCAGCCUUGUAUGCACGGGGGUACCUGCGUUGAUGGCGAAAAUUCGGUGACAUGCAUUUGCAAACCUGGCCUGACAGGGGAAUUCUGCCAAACAGAGAUCAACGAGUGUGCUUCUAGUCCAUGUCAAAACGGAGCGACUUGUCUCAACUUAGUGAACCGUUAUUUAUGUCUCUGUUCGUCUGGCUAUUAUGGAGUAAACUGUGAAAAUGAGACUGAUGAGUGUUUGUCGAAGCCUUGCCGAAACAAUGCAACAUGUAUUGAUCAGGUGAACAAUUUUAAGUGUGAUUGCCAACCCGGGUUUGCAGGCAAAAUCUGUGAAGUGGAUAUCAAUGAGUGCUUGGGUGAACCAUGCACCAAUAAUGGAACUUGUUUGGACAAAGUUAAUGGCUAUCAAUGUAUCUGCCAGGCAGGGUAUACCGGGAAGAAUUGUUCAAUUUACAUCGAUGGGUGUGCCACAACACCUUGUAAAAACGGUGGAUCCUGUACAGAUCAAGUUAAUAGCUUUGAAUGCACUUGUUUGGCUGGAUAUACUGGAAAAAGAUGUGAAAUUGAUAUCGAUGAAUGCGCCUCAAGUCCUUGCAGAAAUAACGCUACUUGUGUUGACCAGGUGAAUUCAUACAAUUGUACUUGUCGUCCUGGAUUCUACGGCGAUCAUUGUGAAAAUGAGACAAAUGAAUGCGUUCCAAAUCCCUGUGUCCGCAGUGACUGCGUAGAUUUAGUUGCUGACUACAGAUGUGAUUGUAUGGCUGGUUUAACUGGGAAAGAUUGCGAUCAUAAUAUCGACGACUGCGCGUCACUUCCGUGUCAGAAUUCUGGGAAUUGUACGGAUUUCGUUAAUGGCUAUAACUGCACAUGUGUCCCAGGAUAUACUGGUGUAAACUGUGAGACUGACAUCAAUGAAUGUAGCCCUGAUUCAUGCCGUGGAAAUGCUUACAACUGCACAGACCUGAGCAAUGGAGUUUACUGUAACUGCAAACCAGGGUAUAGAGGACUAUCAUGCGAGAUUGAGAUAGACUACUGCACGCCAAAUCCCUGUUUGUACAACAGUACAUGCAUGAACGUAAAAGAUUCAGCCUCGUUCCAGUGUAAUUGUACCGAUGGAUAUAUCGGUGACACUUGCGGAACCGAGAUUAAUGAGUGUGCGUCGAGUCCAUGCCAGAAUGGAGGAACUUGCGUUGACCUGGUUGCAGCAUACACUUGUAACUGCACGCUAGGCUUUUCUGGUUCGAAUUGUGAAAUCAAUAUUGAUGACUGCAUUGUACGUAAUGGCUCUCUCCCAUGCCUCAAUGGUGGUGUCUGCUUAGAUGGCAUCAACUCCUUCCGAUGCCAAUGCCCAAUUACACAUACUGGGCAAAGAUGCCAGAAAGCGAAAUCAGCGAGGUUUGACCUUCGUUUUCAUGCCGGAAGUGGCUCGUAUUUGAGUUACAUGAACUUCAGCAGUGUACCGGCCGUUACAGUAGCAAGUUGGGUGCGUUUCCUUGGAAAGACCUCGGCUGGCACAUUCUUAAUGCUAACAAACAUGGUCAACACAUCAUAUCAUGAUAUUUUGCUUGAAAUCCAAGAUAGAUUCGUACGAUUUACUCCAUCGAAUGGCAGUCGAGUGACUCAUCCGUUUACAAAGCCUUUGAAUGACGGUCUAUGGCACCACGUUAUUGUAUCAAUUGAACCAACAAGUGGAAGCGUGCAAGUCUACAAGGAUACAGAGGUUGUUUUUAACUCGAUUGAGAUUAGCAUGAAAAAUAGAAAACUAUUUGACCCAAAAGGCAUGCUAAUACUCGGUCAGGAAAUAUCGAACAUGGGGUCAGUUCUAAGCAACUCCUUUGCGGGUGAAAUUGGCCAGGUUGGCAUUUGGAACAGAGUCCUGAGCUCUGCUGAAAGAUCCGCCUUGACAGCAAACUGUUCUACAAACCUCACAGAUACUUUGCGUUCGUGGAUUCACCUCAAUGAAUUUAAAGGACCCAAUGUUACGAUCAUGGAGCCAGCAACAUGUGGUAGCAACACGUGUCCGCCAUCUUUCACAGGACAGUUCUGUGAGACUGAAAUUGACAAGGAGCCACCAAAGAUCUCCAGGUGCCCAAAUGUAACCCAAGUGGUAACACCAAACAGAGUAUCCGUUGUCACAUGGACAGAGCCUAUUUUCAGUGACAAUAAAGUGGUUGCUACCAUCAGAGCUUCUCACCGUUCCGGAUCUUUCAUGGCUUGGGGAGAUUACAUUGUUACUUACGUUGCAAGCGAUGCUUCUGGCAACUCUGCAUCCUGCACGUUUGAGCUUCACGUCAUGCGUUUCAACUGUCCACUCUUAAAUCCCCCGCUUAACGGAGUUGCAUUUUGUGGAAGCUGGGAUUAUGGAAAAUUUUGUGAUGCAAAAUGUCAUCCGAGCCACGCAUUUGCAGUGCGUUACCCGCCAUACUAUACUUGUGGGCAAAGUGGAACAUGGAGUCAUGGCCCACCGUCAUACCCAGAUAACCCUCAGAAUUUACUACCUGCCUGCGCAGCAACUGCAUCUGCAACAACAACAACGUCAAACCGAGUAACCUAUUCAGCCAGCUCAUGUAAUGCACAAUUCAUGGCACAAUUCCGAAGAAAACUCGAAGCCAAAAUCCAAACGAUUCAGGAAUAUUUCCCUAUUUGUGGAUCUAGUUGCGACUUCAGCCAAAUAAGCAUAAAAUGUGACGCUGUAUCGAGACGACGAAGAAGCACGGGUGGUUCGGCGGCAACAAUUACAGUAGACGUCCCGGUGAACACCACCAGUGGAGAGAACUACACACAGCAAGUUCAGAGUGGUUUUAAAAACGGGCAGUUUAACAUGACGAUAUCGGUCAAUGACGUCACGAUCAAUUCCACAAACAACGGCCUCAAAACAACUGUAUCUAUAAAGUGUCCCCAGGGAAGCAUCCUCCAAUCUCAGAAUAAAAAAUGCAUUGUUUGCCCAGCUGGAACAUACCACAAUGUUUCAGGCAUUGAAUGUGUCGAUUGUCCUCUUGGCUCAUAUCAACAGAUGGAUGGUUUGACCAACUGCACAGCGUGUCCUUCUGGAACUACAACAUUCAAUGUUGCUUCCAAUAACAGCUCUGCCUGUAAAGAAAUCUGUACCGCUGGAAGUUUCUUUAACAUGACUGCAGAGAGGUGCCAGCUUUGUCCUAAGGGAUUCUACCAGGAAAAUACUGGCAAAAUGCAAUGUGAUUAUUGCCCUAGUGGAAGGUCUUCUAGUCUUGGAGCCAAAAAUGUUUCUGAAUGUGUAGUGAAAUGUGGCCUAGGCUCUGAGUUGAUAACUGGUGAUGCAUGCCAGUUGUGUCCUCGUGGAAGCUACAGGGACGCUGCGAAUCAAACAAGCUGUGUUUCUUGCCCGGUGACAGGAGGAGUUACAACAACAACAUACAUUCUAGGAGCUAAAAGUUCUUCAUCUUGCAAAGCUGUUUGUCCACGUGGAAAAGAAGUAUCGAAAGAUGGAAUGAAAUGUAUGGCUUGCCAAACUGGCUUUUUUAGGGAGGAUUUGCUUUUGCCACAUUGUAUUGCCUGUACAAGUGGAAGAACAACUAAAAUGCCAGGAAGUGUUUCAUCAAGCAACUGCAUCUCUCUGCAAAACACAAAGAAGGAAAGCGUAGGAAUCCGGUUCACAGUAGAAGUUUGGAAUUCCAAGCUGUCGGAUGUCAACAGUUCAGAAUUCAGAAUUUUGGCAUCAAAAGUUUCCAAAGAAUUAGAGAAAAUUUAUGCUGCUGAGGUUGGCUUUUUGUCUGUAAAAAUCAAUCAGUUCAGAAAUGGAAGUGUCAUAGCCUUUGCCGAUUUGGUCUUCUCUACAUCAGUGUCCGACCCUCUGAGCAAGCUCAGAAAUGCCAUCGCAUCCGGUUCUGUUGGAUCCCUGUCAGUUGAUUCUUCAUACAAAAUUGUUGACCACUGUAGACUGGUUGAAAAUUGUGGCGCAAAGCAGGAGUGUGAAAGCGAUGCCACCCACGGAUACUGUGCCUGUAUUCAAGGCUACUACAAGCCGUCUGCAUCAUCAACCUGCGAGGUCGACUGCAGUCCCUCAUUCUGCUUAAACGGUGGCAAAUGUGAGCGUGGACCAAACUACAGGGUUUGUAGGUGUACCAGUGGCUACUCAGGCAACAGAUGUGAAAAAGAAGGCAACAACAUGGGUAUGAUUGUAGGCUUAUCAGUGGCAGGCUUGCUUUUAAUUAUCAUUAUUGGAAUUCUCGUGUGGAAGAAAAAUCAUCGGAAGUACCAUCUCAGUACAGGGAUCCAGCUUGAUGACACAGCAAGUGCGAAAAAAUCAUCUGACUAUCCUUUGAAGACAUUUACGAAUCUGAAUGCUUAUGAUGAGGUGCCUUAUUCAAACAAAAGCACUCAAUCUUCUGUGCGAGUGCUCUCCAACAAGGUAGCCGUUGACAGUGAACAUGCCGAUGCCCUGAAAGUAGACGAGAAAGACGUUUAAUGGUUUUACAGACUUACCAGCUGUCUAAAAGGCGACUAUUAUCAAAAGGCAAUCAUUGAUUUACAAAUUGUUACUUUUUCCAACAGGUUUGGUUUAUUUUUCUAAUAAUCAACAUAUUCUUUGAUCUAAGAUCAUUAAACAUUUUGUUAAAUUUUUUCUUAUACGGUUGGACGUUGUUUUCUACUUACUAAAUUUUUUCUACAUUUUUUGCUAUUGGUUGAUAAACUGUUGAGUGGUUAGA